GCCGUCGCCAGGAGGGCUGCCAUGAUGGGUCCAGGCUGGACCGACGAGCUUGCACACCUCGUGCACCCGUCUCCAGAGGGGCCGAAGUGGCAGGCAAAGAAGCCUGGCUACCGCGGAAGGCCACUGAUACGCUUGCUGCUAGACGGGGAGGACUUGGUGCAUUCCUACGCCAAGGCGCUUUUCGAGCGCACUGGGGAGUGGACAGGUCCUCUGAGCACCGGCCUGGAGAAAGCGCUCACCUUCGGAGGCUGGCUGGGUGGGGCCCCAGAUGAUCCAGAGGCUCCAGAGAUCAUGACCUUCGUGGGGAUGCCCGCAGAUUUGAUCGAAUCCACGAACCCGAACACUGUCAUCGACGGCUACCCAGAGGACCUGCGCGAGAGAACGGGCCGCGUGCUGACAGGAGAGGAGAUGGACGGCUAUCACGUCAACGAGUGGGUCCGGUCACUGCAGGAUCAGGAUCGACUUAUCACGUGGACCCGUCCUUCCACGAUUCGCGGCGCGCCCCGGCCUAACAACCUGAUGAAGCAGAAGAGUUACAGAGACGGCGAGCCCAUCUACAUGCGCAAUCUGAAGGACAUCCACGUCUUGCUGUCGCAGGUGAUGGGCGCGGGUACUACGUUACGGGUGGGCGAACAGGUGGAAGCUCUGAAGCAGACUCGCCUCACGAACGGCCAGUGGCUCCCAGCAAAGUGGACGCCUGCAGUAGUCGUAUCCGCGAACUACGACGGAACGUACGACUUGAAGUUCGAUAUGAAGAGGAACGAGCCGUACCAUGUUUCUCGGAAAAAGAACCUCAAAAGCCUCCCGUGCAUUUCGCAGAAGAAGGACUGGUUCUAUAAGACGUACGGAGCGGACGACAUGCCCGCGUCCUACCGGCUUUACCAGGAGAUGGACUUUGCGAUGGCG